AUGAGUGACAAUCGAGAAGAAGAUUACCUCGCUUCUUCCUCUACUGCUACUACCAAGCAAGCUUCGUCCUCAUCCUCUUCAGGAUCAGGCGAGUCUCAGCCGACAAGUGCGAUAGCUUCUAUUGAAAGGGUUGCAGAAAACGUAGAGCACGAGAUUGAAGCCAUGGAUCAACAGCACGAUAUCGGAGCUUCCGGCAUUCACAGUGCCAACCAACAGACCAUUUCUCACGAUGGUCCCAAUGGAAUUGGGGGACAUUCACAGAGUAUUGGUAGUCUUGGCGUUGAUAGCGGAACAAACAACUGGACCACGCCAGAUAACAACAACAAUGUCAAUAACAGUAACACCAACGCCAGCGUUCCGAGUGUUCCAUCAGGAGGUGACGAGUGGGAUUUGGGGCCAAACCAAGCCACAGCUCACCGACGAGGAAGCAACAGUACGGGGAGAAAGUCAAAAGCUUCUAGAUCUUCGUCCAAGAAGAAGAAACACAGAAUCAAACCGCCAGCAGUAAUUGAAACAAGUUCUGUGCCUUCCAUGCCUUCUAUGCCUCCUAUGACUUCACCUCCUUCUAAAGGUAUACUGAAGAAGGCUAUGAAAGAUAGAGAAAUAAAGAGCAGCAGGAGUGAAGACCUCAGCAGCGAAGAGGGUGACAAGAUUGGAGAGCUGCCAACGAUCCUACGCAGAGAGCCAAGUAUGGGGUCGGUUAGCUUCAUCAACAACAAUAAAAGUGCCACUUCGAGUAGUUUUUCAUCGGGCAAUUUCUCUUCCUCGGGAAAUUUGUCCGAUACUUCAUCAUCCUCCGUCAUCAAUGAGGCUCUCGACCCAACGCCAAUGAGGGCUACAGAAAAUGCAUCUUACCCCAACCCCCUAGCCUUUGAAAAAGCCAAAGUGGGAAAGUACGACCUCACCGAUAACCGUGAUGGUGCCAUCAACUUCCUUUUGGACGACCCUCAAGAAAUGACCAGGAACCGGCGUUUAGCCUUGUCCCUGGUGCACAACAAAUAUUACAACCCCAAUGCCGGGAAACGAGUCCGACGAAAUAACGCAGCUAUUUUCGACAGUGUUUCUUCCGCCGAGAUGAUUUCGAGUCAAAAGGUCUUACCCAGUCUUGAAAAGGCUUGGGCGUACUUUGAACAUGUCACAUUGACAAGGUAUAUCAUUCACGAGCGGAAUCAAAACCCAGCGGAAAUGACAAUGUGGGAGCGUUACAAGUAUGCCUAUACGCAUUCCGAUGAGCUUUUUGAACGGGCGCAACCAGGAGAAAAGAGAUUGCCAACGCGGCUGUACGAUUGGAUUUCAACACCGCACAUUCAGCUCGGUGAUUUCGGAUUGGGAUUUGGGCUCUAUUUUUCGACUGUCCGCGCGAUUCGGAACAUUCUUCUCAUUGCUGGAUUCAUUUCCGCUUUCAACAUUUACUUUUUUGCAUCCAGCGCGUAUGAUAAUUCAGAAAAUGGUGAUUUGGAUUAUCUCUUGAGAGGUUCUGCGGUUUGUACGCAAACCGAAUGGGUGCCAUGUCCUGAUUGCCAUUGUGAAGGUGAUACUGCCAUUGGUAUCGAACAGGGCUGGAAUCGGACAGAGCGGUGUUACCCUCAUGUAUUUGCCGAUGGAAGUGAAAUGGCCUUUGUAGUAAAAAAUGAGUGCAUGGCAGAAGACCAUAGACAGCUCUAUGUUCUGGGAUUGAUCAACUAUGCUACAUUGGUAUUCUUGGUCAUCUCGGUGUAUUUCUUAUUGGAUAUUCAUUUGGACAGAGAAACUGUAACUUUCGACGAAGACGAGCAAACGGCGCAAGAUUAUUCGCUCUUGAUUAAGAAUCCACCACCAGGAGCAACAGAUCCAGAGGAAUGGCGGCGUUACUUUGAAGAAACCUUUCCAGGCAUCAAGGUGGUAGCCGUUACUUGUAAUGUCAAUAAUGAUCUUCUGAUCAAGUCUUUGGUGAAGAGGAGAGAAGUGUUGAGGCGAAUGGAAUUGCAGCUCGACCAUGGGACGAACAUGGGAAUUGACAACUUGGCGCUUCUAGCUGCUCAAGAACAGGAGAACAGAGGCAAAUACCUUGGACCAAUCAUGGGAUUUUUCAGCCCAGGUUUGCCGGAGCUACUGUCUAGACUUGUCGCACUGAAUACAAGUAUCAAGGGUUUGACGCAAUUGAGUUAUCCUUGCACAAACGUGUAUGUGACUUUCGAGAUGGAAUCACAUCAACGAUUUGUUAUAUCCAAGUUGUCAGUUGGAUUGAAACAUAUAAGGAACAACGAUAUUAGCAUUUUGGAGGAUCUAAAUUAUGCCUUUCGAGACACUGUGUUGCUUGUCCAAGAAGCGCCAGAACCAAACUCCGUGCGAUGGCAAGAUCUGAACGCAGAUAAAGCCUCUAAGACAAAGGAGCAUUUGUUGACAACCUUGCUAAGUUUUGCUUCAAUUUAUGGCUGUGCGUUGAUUGUUCAAUGGUCCAACAGUAUCGCCCCUGGGUUUGGAGCUGCCUUUACGAUUUCUGGUUUAAAUCUUGGUUACCCGCAGCUUGCCAAGUUCAUCACAGAUUUUGAAUCACACAGCAAUGAAAGCAAGGUUCAGACAUCACUUUAUGUCAAGAUUGCAACCUUUCGUUGGGUGAAUACUUCGAUCAUCAUCACACUGAUUACUCCAUUUACAAAUACGCUGACCCCAAGCCGUGGUUUAAUUUCCCAAAUUGCUGCCAUUUUCUUUGCGGAAAUUGUCACAACGAAUGUAAUUCAGUUGACUGAUGUAUGGGGGCAUAUUCAACGGCACAUUUUGGCGCCACGCGCAAAAACCCAAGACGCGAUGAAUCAGUUAUUCAAGGGUUUGGAAGUCGAAUUGGCAGAACGUUAUACCAACAUGACGAAGAUUAUGUUCUUGGCAUUCUGGUAUUCAUCAAUCUUUCCUGGUGGACUUCUAUUCGCUGCAGUUGCGUUGACCGUCAAUUACUAUACAGAUAGAUUCAGCCUGAUGAGAUCAUGGCAACGUGCGCCUAGUGUUGGAAAUGAAAUUGCGACUUUCAGCCGCCAAUAUUUUCUUUCCAGCGCUUGUGUGAUCCUUGCGGCUAUGAGUUCCUUUUAUUGGGCAGCUUUUCCAUUUGACAACCUAUGCAAAGUCGAAGAUCUAUACUACGACGGAUUGGUCGAGGACAUUAUCAUCAACACUACGAAACAUCCGUAUCCAAACAAUUCCAAUUUCACUGUGACCCCUGAAACUGAAAUCUAUCGCUUCUGCAACCAAGAUUUCAUUCUUCAUGGGCCCCGCUUUCCCUUUAUCUAUCGCGAAGGCGUAAAAGAUCACGGGGAAUGGAUGACACCUGAACAAAAAAUCCUUUCGAGGCUGUUUGCAGGGACGUCAAUUGGUGUCAUGGUGUUAGUUGGUCUGAAGUAUUUGUAUGGAGUGGGCCAAAAAAUUAAAAAACAGUUCCACAGAGAAUUUGAGGCCGCAGCGGAGGAUCAGGGAAUCAGUUUCUAUGAUGUGCGAAACAUUGCUGGCUACGUCCCCCAGGUCCGCAGUCCAAUGUUUUCAUAUCCUUUGAUUGUGUGCUCGACUCGUAGACUGAGUGACGAAGUACUCGAUUGGACUGAUCCUGAUCUUGAUUAUGAGUACUAUGACUUGACUAGAGAUGCCGACCAUGUUCUGACUGGAGGUAAUCAACCAGGGAGGAACAGCUUUGACCGGGUCAAGUACUUUCCACCCAACACAAGCGUGGUGAGAGAGCUGAAGCAACACAAGAGGCGAUUGGAAGAAAAAGCGAGACGACGUCGGAGCAAGAACAUUUUCAAUACUGUUUCCCAACAGCCAAGCACUAAAUCAGUACUGGAUGCGUCGUUCACGACAAACAAUGACUCGUCACUCUGUCCGACAUGCGGUACACCGAUUCAGGAGAUCCUGCAGAGUGAAGAUGACGAGGUUCAUGACAGUGACGACACAAGUGAUGGUGAUAGCUUGAUCGAUGGAACGAUGAAACUGUAA